AUGCCAGGGCCCUCUUCUUUCCCCCCCAAACCAGAGAAAAAAAACCAGGCUAGCUGGCGACCGACGCCACGGGUGCGCGAGUCACAUUCUCACCCCUCGGACGGAGGCCGCAGCCGCGCGACCGACGACAAUUCAUUCAGCUCCAUCCAAAUCAUCACCAAAUCCUCAACCCAUCCCUCGGCGCAAAACACCUACAACGCUGAACGGCCACCAAAUCGUCGCGACUCAACUGCUGCACUCAUAUUAGGACGCCUUUGCGGUGCUCAUGUCUCACUACCGGCGGUUGGCCGUGUAGGCUGGGACUGUAAUUGUUUUUUAGAGGUCAUGGCCGCUGAGCGAUACCCAACCAUCAAGGUGGAACAGCAGGCUACCAUCAUCCCCGUCUGGCCGUCAAUCGAACAAGAUGCUACUGUCAAGUCGCCCAAGUCCGAUCCUGGCGCUGGCGAGGCCGAUGGCAGCUCACCUGUCACCACCUUCACCACCACAAGCCCCAGCCCAGUGGCCGCGGGCGACAAUGCUGCCAUGCCACGCUCGGUGACGCUGGCUGCACCAGCCAAGUUUCGCGGCCAGCAUCCACCCGGCCUCUGGGAGAGUCUCAAACAGGAGAUUCGCCACCUUUACAUCGACGAAGAAUUGCCUCUCAAGGAAGUCCGCGAAAUCAUGAUGCGGAAAGGCUUCGUCGCAACCGAGAAGAUGUACAAGGACAAGUUCGCCAAAUGGGGUUUCAACAAGAAUAACCGCAAGAAAGACGUGGCAAAAAUUGUCAGUCAUCAAAAGCAGCGCAAAGUUGCUGGUAAGUCGACCGUCUAUUACCGCAAUGGUAAGGUCGUCAAUCUCGAAUCAUAUAUCAAGAGGGCAAAGCUGUCCCCCGAAGACCUCCUCGAGGCCGCUGAGGAGGAGAAUCUACCAAGCUAUGUCAGGUCGCGGACACCGCCACCGCAAAGCGCCAACCCAAAGCCCGACUAUAUUCAACCAUUGGGUUAUUACAAUGUUAGGGACCUAUUGUUCAAGUGUUUCCGCCAUCUGGGAGCUCGUGCCGACUCUGUCCUUGACAAGGACUCUGCUCUUGCUGCCUACACCAACUACCCCACAACAGAUCUCUACUUUACAAUCAGGAACCUUCGCGAUGCCGCGUGGCUUUUCAAGGAAGACCGGACCAGGGAGGGUGGCGUGCUCGUGCGUCGAGCCUUUGACCAUCUUCAUGUCUUGGUCGAGGAUCCAAAUCCCUGGGCCCUCUGUGAUCUGCUCAUGUUCCAAAUGGGUGUCCUUCAGUACGGUCACCAAACGCUCAUCUGGAAGUUCUUGGCGGAUUAUGCAGCGACCGGAAAAGGACCUUUGGAAUGGUUACAUAACGUCUUCAAGGCAUUGCACGAAUUCUUUGAAAACUACCCAAUCGAAACGUGCCUUGAAUUCUUGGCAGAACAGGUCGGGGUCAUCUACCCUUUGAUGGUAGUUCAGGGUACGAAGAAGAACAUGCAACUAUUCUUACAGGGUGUGGUAAACAGCAAAUCGCGUCACCACUACCACAUACAGCCGGUACGGAGGUUCACAUUAGCGAUUGAAUCCCAGUCGCUUCCACGCGCCAAGGACGUUUUGGAGCCAGAAAACCCCCUCUUCCGGUUCCACGAAUUAUUCACGAUUGGCCUAGAGACGGGCUGGAAAGACGAGCGGUGUCUGUCUCUAGCGACAGAACUUUACAAGUCAGAAACAGAUCUCAACUCAAGGCGGUUAUCAUUACGCGCGCUGGCUUACUACCACAUGGGCCGAUGCCGACCUGAAUCACCAGCAAUGGCCGCAGCCAACCCCCGGUAUGGUUAUGCAAAGCAGUAUAUGCAACAGGCCUUGGAUUUGGCCCCCCACGCAACUUUUGGAGGGCUGAGUGGUGGAGCACUAAGGGAGAUAUGGGAGGACUCGAAACUCCUCGAGCAGUGGCACUUGGAGGAUGGUGACACUGCAGCAGCCCAAGCACUGGUGCAGAAUCGACAAGAUGCGCUCACUCGCUUUAUUGGCUCGCUGGAUAUACCGGCCAGAGCAUCAUCGCCUGCCUGGUCAGCUGCAACAGCACAAUCACCAGCUGCCUGGUCAUCAGGCCAGUCACCUGUACCUUGGUCACCAGGACAGUCACCGGUAGCCUGGUCGUCAGCGGCCCCUUCGCCGCCACCGCAUUCUCCAUUGCUAUCGUAA